AUGUUCCACUGGGAAGGCAUCUCUGAGACCCUCCAGAAAUCAGGCCAGUUCCUGCUGUCCUUCUUUUUGGCCCUGCUGGUCAUUGCGGUUGGCAUUUGCCUGCUUUGGAAAUGGGCGGCCAAAGCCCAGGCCUGGGCCAAGAUCAGAGAGACCCAGAAGAGGAGAGAGGUGGCCCUGAAGAAGAUGGAGGCUGCAAUGGAACGGCUAAAGCAACAGGCACCAAAACUGGACCCAGAGCACGUCCUCUCCCUGUCCCUCAGAGAGGUGACUCGCCAAUUACGCCAAGGCUCCCUGAGCCCCGAGAGUGUCCUGUGCAUUUACAUGGAAAAGGCCCUGAAGGUGCACUGUGAGCUGAAUCUGGAGCAUGGUGAGGUUCAACUGCAGAAGCUGAAACAGCCCAUGGAGAAGAGGGGCCUGCUCUAUGGGGUCCCUGUGAGCAUCAGAGACCCUUAUGAUUACAAGGGCCGUGAUUCCACCUGCGGCGUGGCCGAUUUCCUGGGGAAGCCUGCAGAGGGAGAUGCCGGCAUAGAGGAGGUUCUGACGAGCCAAGGAGCAGUGCCCUUCGUCAAGACCAGCCUCCCACAGACCCUGAUCAGCUUUGACUGCAGCAACCCUAUCUUUGGUGAGACCCUGCACCCCCAGAAUUCAAAGAAAACCACAGGAGGCUCCACUGGAGGAGAGGGUGCCCUGUUGGCUUCUGGCAGUUCACUUUCCAGCUUUGGCUCCGACAUGGGUGGAAGCACCCAUAUCCCUUCUGCCUUCUGUGCUGUUUAUGGCAUUAAACCCACCGGCUUUCACUUCAGGUGCAGUUUUGGCUGGGACAUGAGUCUCCUGUCUGAGAUAUACUCCAGCACCCAGCCCCUCCGAAUCGGCUAUGUGGAGACAGAUGGUUAUACACAACCAUCCCCCAGCAUGGUUCGGGCCAUCCGAGAGGUCUCAAAGAAGCUCCAGGCUGCUGGACACCAGGUCAUUCCCUUCUCUGUCUCUUGAGUUGAGUAUGUGAUGAUGAAGUUGUAUUCGGCAGGGCUCUACACUGAUAGGGGUGAAACGCUUGUGGAAGAACUACGCGGAGACAUCAUAGAUCCUAUCAAUUUAUCUAAAAUCUCUAUUCUCCAACUCCCAGAUUUCAUAAAGUGGUUCCUCUCCUGGGUCCUGAGGCCUGUGGAAGAGGACCCCAGCCCGCCCCCAACACACUCACGCGCUGCCUCCUGUACGACUCUGUUCAGUAGCUUGAACUUCCCAGUUGGCGUGGUGCCUGUGGGCACAGUAACAGCACUGGACGAAGAGGAGCUGGCUUCAUACUACCGAAGACCCUAUAGACAAAAACUUCAAGAAGUGAUUGCUGGAUCACUGGGCCUUCUCAUAGCCGUGCAGUGUGCAUCUCUGCCCUGGCAAGAAGAGCUAUGCCUGAGCUUUAUGAAGGAGGUGGAGACCUUGGUCCGUGGGAAGACACAAAGCGAGUGAAUCUCCCCCUUCUUGGACUCUGCUUUGCCAGGGCCCA